AUGCAACAGACCCCUGAGCUCCCCUGCACCACCGUCGACAUAGUACCAGCCUAUCAACACUGCACCGCAUCCUCCGCAUCCUUCCAGGCCUAUCCCGCCUUCCCCGACUACAGCCUCGAUGAUCAGCCCCCCCCGCCUCACUUUCUCCAGCCAAGCAACCCCGAGGUGCUCGACCACGACCACGACCACGACCACGAUACCGACAGCCUCUCGUCCUCAGAUGCUGCAGACAUGUCUGCAGCAGGAUCGCCGGAGGGAGAGGACAGCUUCGACCUGGACAGCAUCUUCGAGGGGAGCGACCUGGAGGAGAGGAGCGUACAGGUCCAUGCCAGGAAGGGCAAGUCCAUGUCGCGGAGCCCUGUGGUGAUCACGUUCGAGCUCCUUGCCGAGCACUUCCAUGAGAGCCUCGAGACCGCGGCGUCCAAGAUCGGGAUCGGCAAGUCGACGAUGAAGCACGUGUGCCGGCGGCUGGGGAUCGAGAAGUGGCCCUACACGCACAAGGGCCAUCGCAAGAACCGCCCGAGGAAGCUCGCGCACCAUCAGAUCUCAGCGUCGUCGAUUGUGUUCACGGACUCGCACGAGUUCUUCGGCGCGGCGGCACUGCCGAGGGUGGCAGCACCGGAGGCGCCGGGGCUGCUUGGAGCGAGCCAGCCUGAGAGCGCACCCGCGCUGUACAUGUCGGCGGGGCUUGGGGAGGCAGCGCUGGCUCCAGCAGGGGUGAUGGGGAUGGCGGCUGCAGCCGGGGAACAGGGGGCGAUGGAGGAGGGGAUAGGAGGCAUGCACGAGAGAGGAUGCCAAGGGGAGUCCUCAGGGAGAAUUUUCUUUGAUUGGGAUGGAACUGUGUAG